AUUUCUUAAUCGAUUAGAGGUUAAUUUAUCCACGUGAUUAUUCUACUUCAAGUCAUCCAAGUGAUUAUUCUACUCUACAAAAUUGUGAAAAUGGAAAAAAUUUCACUAUAUGAUAAAGAUACUGAUAAAAUAUACGACAUAACGUUAUCACGGGAAGAUGCAUAUCGUGCUAAAAAAGAUAUAGCCUUUGCUACUAGUCUUUUAAAUGCAACAAUUAUGGAUAAGACUAUCACUGAACAAACUGAGGAAUUAUCAGAAGAUUUAGAUACACAGUUUGAUUCAAUGUCAGAAAUUUCAGACAUUAAUAAUGAUUUUCAAUCAACUGCAGACAACAACGAAGAAGGUUCUCUUUAUCGAUGGCCAGAAGCAUCUGUACUCCUCUUAUUGAGAAUACAUACAAUAACAACUAAAAAAUUUACAUGAAUAACUUAGAUACUGUAAAUAAAUAAAUACCAUUAUAUACAA